GCGCACCGCAGGGAGGGUUUCCGGUCGGGCCGGGGACAGAGGCGCACCGCAGGGAGGGUUCCGGCUGGCGCGCGGGGAAGAUGGAGACGAUCCUGGAGCAGCAGCGGCGCUACCAUGAGGAGCGGGAGCGGCUCAUGGACGUGAUGGCCAAGGAGAUGCUGAUUAAGAAAUCCACGUUACGGGACCAGAUUAACUCUGAUCAUAGCACCCGAGCGAUGCAGGACAGAUAUAUGGAAGUGAGUGGCAAUCUGAGAGACUUGUAUGAUGAUAAGGAUGGAUUACGGAAGGAGGAGCUCAGUGCCAUUUCUGGGCCAAAUGAGUUUGCAGAAUUCUAUAAUCGACUGAAACAGAUCAAGGAGUUUCACCGGAAGCACCCAAAUGAGAUCUGUGUGCCAAUGUCAGUGGAAUUUGAGGAACUGUUGAAAGCCAGAGAGAACCCCAGUGAGGAGGCACAAAAUCUAGUGGAGUUCACCGAUGAAGAAGGGUAUGGCCGGUACUUGGAUCUUCACGAUUGUUACCUCAAGUACAUUAACUUAAAAUCAACAGAGAAACUGGAUUACAUCACGUAUUUAUCCACAUUUGACCAACUCUUCGAUAUUCCCAAAGAGAGAAAAAAUGCUGAAUAUAAGAGGUAUCUCGAAAUGCUGCUUGAGUACCUGCAGGAUUACACAGAUCGGGUGAAGCCGCUGCUGGACCAGAACGAGCUCUUUGGGAAGAUUCAGAUUGAAUUUGAGAAGAAGUGGGACAAUGGAACGUUUCCUGGAUGGCCGAAAGAGACCAGCAGUGCACUUACCCAUGCCGGAGCCCAUCUGGAUCUCUCUGCCUUUUCCUCUUGGGAGGAAUUGGCCUCUCUGGGACUGGACAGAUUAAAAUCUGCUUUACUGGCUUUGGGUCUGAAAUGCGGCGGCACAGAAGGAAAAUCCUUGGAAGCCCUCGAUUCUUCCUUGUUUGCUAAGAAUCCAAAGACAAAAGGAAGCAAAAGGGACACAGAGAGGAACAAAGACCUUGCAUUCUUGGAAGCACAGGUCUACGAGUACGUAGAAAUUCUUGGGGAACAAAGACAUCUCACCCAUGAGAACGUGCAGCGUAAGCAAGCGCGCACAGGCGAGGAGAGAGAGGAGGAAGAGGAGGAGCAGAUCAGUGAGAGCGAAAGCGAAGACGAUGACAAUGAAAUAAUUUACAACCCUAAAAACCUGCCGCUUGGCUGGGAUGGCAAGCCCAUCCCCUAUUGGUUAUAUAAACUACAUGGUUUGAACAUCAACUACAACUGUGAGAUUUGCGGUAACUACACCUACCGAGGGCCCAAAGCUUUCCAGCGACACUUCGCGGAGUGGCGUCAUGCACACGGGAUGAGAUGCCUGGGCAUUCCCAACACGGCCCAUUUUGCUAAUGUCACGCAGAUCGAAGAUGCAGUCUCUUUGUGGGCAAAGCUGAAGCAGCAGAAAGCUUCGGAGAGAUGGCAGCCUGACACAGAGGAGGAGUAUGAGGAUUCCAGUGGAAACGUGGUGAAUAAAAAGACCUAUGAAGACUUGAAACGUCAAGGGCUGCUGUAAUGUUCUCUGACUGGUGGAUUUGGCAUCUCCGAGGCCCACAGUGAAGCACGCCGAGACCUUUCUUUCUUCUCUGUACUUCUGCAUUUUCUGUUCCGCGUGAGCAUACAUUUCAAGGGCACUUCGUAGAAACACCUUCUAGUCAGUCCCUUUUUGUGCAACACAAAACUGUGAUGUUCCAAAAUGUAUUUUAUACUAAAAAGAUAUUGCAAAAAUAAACUGAUUUUAGUGUAGGAA